AUGGACGAGAAUUACGACGUAAUUGUAUUGGGAACAGGCCUCACUGAGUGCAUUCUAUCCGGAUUACUCUCUGUUGACGGUAAAAAGGUUCUUCACAUCGAUAAACAAGAUCAUUAUGGGGGUGAAAGUGCAUCGGUGGCGCUUUCUCAAUUGUACGCGAAAUUCAAGCAAAACCCUAUCUCAAAAGAAGAAAUGGAGACAAAGUUUGGUCGUGAUAGAGACUGGAAUGUUGAUCUGAUCCCAAAAUUUCUGAUGGCGGAUGGCGAGUUGACAAAGAUCUUGGUACACACAGAUGUCACUCGUUAUAUUGACUUCAAACAGGUCGCCGGAUCUUACGUCUACAAUAAAAGCAAGAUCUAUAAAGUACCUGCUAACGAAAUGGAAGCUAUCUCGUCUCCUCUCAUGGGCAUAUUUGAGAAAAGAAGGAUGAAGCGUUUCCUCGAGUGGAUAGGGGACUAUAAAGAAGACGACAUCAAGACCCAUCAGGGCCUUGACCUCGAUAAGAACACAAUGGAUGAAGUGUAUUAUAAAUUUGGCCUCGGAAACUCUACUAAGGACUUUAUUGGUCAUGCCAUGGCUCUGUGGACAAACGAUGAGUAUUUGCAACAGCCCGCAAGACCUACUUUCGAAAGAAUUCUAUUGUAUUUGCAAAGUGUUGCUCGGUAUGGUAAGUCUCCAUAUCUGUACCCAUUGUACGGUUUGGGUGAAUUGCCACAAGGGUUUGCGCGUUUGUCUGCUAUCUAUGGUGGUACUUACAUGUUGAACACUCCGGUGGAAAAGGUGCUAUACGACGACGAUGGGAAAUUUGAGGGUGUCGUUACUAAAGAAGGUACGGCUAAAGCCCCAAUAGUCAUUGCUGAUCCAACUUAUUUCCCAGACAAAUGUAAAUCAACAGACCAUAAAGUAAUUAGAGCUAUCUGCAUUUUGAACCAUCCUGUCCCAAACACUGGUAAUGCAGAUUCGCUGCAAAUCAUUAUUCCACAGUCCCAAGUUGGUAGAAAGAACGACAUUUACGUUGCGGUGAUGUCUUCAUCCCAUAACGUUGCUUCGGCGGGCCAUUACUUAGCCAUUGUAUCGACUAUUAUCGAGACCGACAAGCCUCAUGUCGAGCUAGAACCAGCUUUUAAACUAUUGGGUCCUAUUGAAGAAAGAUUCAUGGGCAUUGCUGAGCUAUUUGAACCCAAGGAAAGUGGCUCUGAAGAUCACGUUUAUCUUUCCAAGUCAUAUGAUGCUUCCUCCCACUUCGAAUCAAUGACGGAUGAUGUAAAGGACAUCUACUUCAGAGUUACUGGCCAUCCGCUGGUACUCAAGAAGAGAGCAGAUAUUGACGCAGAGCAGGAGUAG